GCCCUUUUUGAAAAGUGCAGAAGAUGUAAUUAACGAGACAAACCUAUUGAUUACGUUUACACGGCGGUCUUAAACCGGUUUAUUUAAUACUAAUCUAAAGGAAUAGACAAAUUAUAGACAUUUCUACUUGUAAGGAAUAUUUGGGAUUGGUCAAUUCCUUUCGAUCAGUAAUAACUAAACCGAUUUAAGACGGCCGUGUAAUCAUUGUUAAACAGUAUGAGACAGUGCUGUCAACGUCAUCUGGUGUUCGAUUAUAUUUAGGGUGUAUUCCAGUGUAUUCUUAUACACUUACUGCGAGAAUGGUUGUAUCUCACUCAAUUGCAUGCAAGUAAAUAGAGACACGAGGAUACUCGUGGUCCAUGCUCAUAGUAUUGACAGAUUCAGAAAGUACCAUGUGAUCAUUGGACUUUGUAUUGGACGAAAAUUUAUUCAAUUUGGAGGGAGUUAAAUGAGGCGUAGACAGGUGAAUCCUUUUGAGAGAAUUCUACAUAACUCUUACCGAGAUGCAAAAAAGUGCGGGUUUCGUGGAUUUGCUUGGUGAAAGAAGAAAAGAUAAUGACAUAAUGUGGGUAUCACGUCCCAUGAACCCUUUGCUGCCUCACAAAUUACCUCCAGAAUGUAAAUACUCCAGAAAACAAGCUAUUGAAGCAGCCUUGUCUAAUCCUCGAGUGGAACUUGCAAUUGAAUCUCUUGCAUUGGCGAAAAGAGUUGAUAAAUCCAUUAUUAGAAAAGAAGCUCGUGACAUGCUUGAGGAAAUGGCAAGCAAGGCUCACCUUCCUACAGUACGCUGGAUAGGUCUACUGAUCACAAAGGUCCUGAAGCGAAUCCUAUUAAGUAUACGCAUAAAUCAAUCAUUUCUCCUACAAAUAAGGGGUCAAAUGAGAAUUGCGCAAGUACAAUAUGUAUAUGCACCUACACAUAGGAGCUAUUUAGAUUUUAUUCUUUUAUCCUACAUACUCUUCUCAUAUGACAUGGCAUUGCCAAAUAUUGCUAGUGGAAUGGAUUUUUAUCGAAUGCGUGUAGUGGGAGAGCUUUUACGUAAAACAGGAGCAUUUUAUAUGAGACGCAGUUUCUCCACAGACAUUUUAUAUAAAGAAAUAUUUCGUGCAUAUGUUGCAUCUCUUGUGGAACACAGUGACAGAGCAAUAGAAUUUUUUAUUGAAGGGACAAGGAGUCGAAGUCAAAAAAGUAUUGCACCCAAGUUUGGGCUACUUGCGAUGAUAUUGGAAGGUCUGUUUCGUGGAGACGUUCCUGACAUUUGCUUCAUACCUAUCAAUAUUACCUAUGACAGACCAUUAGAGGAAUUAUUAUUCGCUUACGAACUCUUAGGAGUACCUAAACCAGCAGAAUCUACAUCGGGCCUUUUCCGUUCUUUAUCUAUUCUCAAAGAACCCUUUGCUCACGGCCAUGUGUAUAUGAAAAUCGCAGCUCCCAUUUCUGCACGCGAAUUUUUUAAUCUUAAAAGCCGCAGAAUCAGUGCGUUGUCUCCACAUUCAAAAUUACCUGCUGUAGUGGUUAAAAGACUGGGUUACGCCAUUAUAGAGAGUCACAAGAAAUGCACAACGCUCACACCGUUCAAUAUAAUCGCAAUAUUAUUUAAUGAAAAGGUUCACUCGUGUCCGGAAGACCAUUACACAAUUAACACAUUGCUUGAUGAUUAUCACUGGCUGAAAGAGUUGCUGAGCCGAUCGUUUAGUGCUUUAACACAUCCGAGUGUCGAUGAGUCUGAAAAUGAUUCAAAUACGGAGAACGAGAAACGUGACAUAUUGGAAUCGCUAAAUACGCACCGAGAACUGCUUGCAUUCGAUACUACUGGAAAAUUGAGAUUAAAGGAAAGGCACAAAAAUGUAACUACAAAUAGAAAUAGAAAUGUCAAAGGUCAUUUAUUAAGUGAGACUACUAUGCGGUUAGUGGUUCCGGCGAUAAAUAUAGGAGUUUAUUUAAAUCCCGUAUUUGCAUUUAUCACAGUACAAGGAAUGAUCGUUUUAUCGAUAUGGUCUGAUAAUGCAAUGAAAGAUCAAUGUUUUGAGCGAUACUUCCUACUAAGGUCUUUACUGAGUAAUGAAUUUGCAAUGACUAUGGAAAUACCAAAAACGGCAGUAAUAUCUGAAUGGGAAAAUGGACUGUCUGUAUUAUCGAACGAGAAUUGUGUAUUCUCUGUAGAAAACAAACUUAUAUUUGGUAGCAAUACCAAAUUACGGUCCAUUUUGAAGAAUCUUUUACUACCUUACAUUGCGGCUAUACGAGUGACUUGCAUUCUAUUAUCAGAGUGGGACAACGAUAAAAUGGGCGAACCAACAGAACGACAAAUCAUAAAAGAAUCUCAGAAAAAAGCGGAGAAUCUUAUGUUUAAUGAAAGAAAAUUGGGAAGUUACCCAUACUCUUUAUCCAUCGAUUUGUACUCGUCAACUCUAGUGAGCCUUGUAGCGCACGGAGCAGUUAAAAUGUCAGAAAGAUCUUGUCUUUACAGUGCAGAUAAAAUUCAAUUGACAUCCAUAAUUAAAGAUUUGGAUGUAAUAUUGGAAGAACAUCAUCCUUCAGGAUCUUACUUAGACAUUUUCCCUUCUAUCUCUCCUCAAAGUUCCAUAAGUAUUCAAGCUAAACUUUAAUCUACUGCUAAUUUAUUUAGCAGAAUUUCUUUUAUUUUACAAGACUUGUCAAGAUAUGUCAUUAAAUCAUAAAUAUGCAUUAUUAAUAUUACAGUACACAGAAAACUUUCAUACAUAUACGUAUUUCCUGUAGAAUUGGGUCCAGCUCAGUUCAUCGUGUACAUUUUUUGCAUAAAAUAUUUGUAUAGUUAUUCAGAUACCAUACAAUUGGUAGACAGAUUAACUACGUACAAUUUUCGACCCCAGUUACCCCAUGUACAAUCACCAAGGAGAUAUUCUUGAAGAAGGCCAGCCCCCGUAUGUAAAUAUAUGAUAUUUGAACCUUCUCCAGAACUUCUAUACUGGUUCCAGCAUACUUCCCGUGGGCAUUACACCUAAUAGUCGUCAAACACAAACUACCAUAAGGGUUCGCCUCCUAUCCCAAAGUAUCUCCUCAGUGGUACAAUUACUUUUUACUCACAAUUAUAAAUAACUUUUUAUAUCUAUGUGGUGUUAGCAUUACAACUUCGACUUACACAUUAGGGUUUGCCUUUUAUAUAUUAAAUGACUGGUGUUUUAGUGAAAUUUGCCUAAUUUUUAAAAGCUCCAAAAUAAAAUUACACCAUGUAGCCGCAAAACUUUUAUUAUCGACUGAUUAUGUUUGAUAAAAGUUUAAUCAAUACACAAUGUUUUGAUAGUGAACAAACAAAUAAACCAUUUUUGUGGCUCGUGGCCUCGUUGAAAUAAGAAAAGUUACAAAAAAUUAGUGUUUCUUUAUUCCACACACGGAUGCGCUAAAUAUUUGAAUAAGCACAAUGAGGUCUAAUCAAAAUAACCAGUUUGAAAAUGGGUUUGGCUUUUUAUUAAUCAGUAGUACUUCAAAAAUCAAUACAUUACGGGCCAUGAGUGCAACGGCGCACGCACGAAAAACGCGGUCCCAAUUACAUUACACAAUGCAUAUUUAAUCGCACUAACAAGAAUCUAUGGCUAUUUGAUAUCGCGGUAGAAACGAAUAAUAUACAAGCAAAAUGUACAACUCACAAAAAGAAUAUUCUUCUCGA